CUUUUGUUAGUUUUUAGAUGAAUAUUGUGCAAUGCAAUAUUCCUAAAAUCAACUCGUUAAACCUGUAACUGACAUUUAUGGAACUAUACGUCGUAAAUUUACCGCCUAAACCGAGUUUAAGAAGUCUUUGUUUUAAUAAUUGAAAAUCCAAUAAAUGGAAAACAUAUAUAUUUUUUACUUUUCAAACUUCGUUGUGUAAUGACCUUCAAUUCCGAAUGUAUUUUAUGGCAAAAGUAACGAGUUGAAAUUAAACGAAAAUUAUGAUUAUAAAAUAUGGAUUUAAAUGAAAAAAUGGAUCAACUUACCAGAGAAACAUCUGAACUGCGAAAAGAAGUUGCGCAUUUAAAGGAAUCUCUAACAAAGCAGAAUCAAAUUAUAGUAAGAUUAAUAAAGGAACAAUGUAAUCUUAUUAAGAAAAGUGAUGAGAAAAGGGAUGCGCAAUUUGUAGCUGAAACAAGUGUUAGACCACAUAUAGGCAUAUUUCCUAUAAAAUCGCAAGAAGAUUUAGACGCAGCGGAAGAGAGCAUUAAGGAAGAAAACAAAGAAGAAUGUAUUGCCGUUGCGAAGGCGCUACUAAUGCCAGGAAGUUUCAAAAAGAAUAUCGGCAAAAUAUUUGGAAUUGACGUAAUUUUGGAUUAUAAUGUUGAUGGUAGACAUAAUAAAAAACGUAUACAAGAUUAUUCCAGAUUAAUGGAUGUGCUUUUUCAAGCGACAAAAAGAGAGGGUUGGCAUCAUAAAUAUUUUCUCGACGAACUAAGAAGUGGCUUUAAGUGCGCUAAAAACAAGCAUUUCAAAUUUAAUUGGACACAACGGAAGAAGUAUUCUGAACAGCAACCAAUUGAGCCAUCUGUUAAGAUUGAGGAAGUUUUAAUACCAUAUGAUGAUGAAGACGAUGAAUAAAAUAUUUAUUAAA